AUGUCUUUGGCUAUUCACAAAGGUAUGCUUCGCGGCUUCAUCCAGAGCAUGCAUGACGAGGGAAUUAUUAAUGACCAAUUCUGGCAACUACAAGCUAGGAAGCCUGUUAAUCAACCGGAUUACGUUGUGAGAACGAUCACUAGCUACUGCGUAUCUGCGCAAACUUUGUUCUCUCAGUUGACCGGUCUCGUCGACCAAGAGAGCGUUAAUUUUCAUCAGAUCAAUGUUUCUGCUCGUGAACUGUAUGAGAAAUCGAGCAGUAUUGGUGCAGAGCAUGUUAAGCUUUCAUGUGGCGAACUUCUUCGUGCUUCGGCAGAGCAUGAUAAGGAUCAUUGCUCCAAGUCUCUGUAUUGGACUAAGAAUGAGUUUUCCCACCUGAGAAGAAAAUUUGAGACUGUUGUGCAGUUGUUUUGUCUUGAUAUGCUCGUUGGUUAUUUCAGUAAGAGCAUGAGAGUUAUGCUUUAUAAUUCCAAGGAGUACAUCCAUGAAAUACUCUCUAUUACUGAUUUCGGGCGUCUAGAAAUAUACAAUAAGAUCAUACUUAAUCAUUGGAACUUGGAAGUUCCUUUCAUUUGGAUCAUCCGAAGGGAGCUGCUGGCAAGGGGGGGACCAGCUCCAUUCGAGCUGCCACUACGGGCGGUUGUUUGCCCUUAUCACGUUAUUCCCAGAUUGCUUGAUGAUGAGUUGAAGGACAUAAGGUGUUAUGUCUACAGGGUAUCAUGCUUAACUCAUGACAGCCUGACGCGCCUUGUUGUCAUCUGCAAUUCAUUCUGCCUUUUAAGCCUCACACUGAAGCAGGGGAUAUUAAACGAUCAGUUUUCUCAGAUUCAGACUUUGAAAAGUGUGGAGGAACCCGAGCACGUUGUGCAGUUGAUUGAUACAUACUUCAUUGAUGUAGAAACAAUCUUAUCAGAGCUUACAACCUACAUUGAUUAUCCUGAUUUCGAUUUCUCUAAGUUGGCUACACUGGCUCACAAAGUAGAGGAGAGAAGCUUGAGCAUUGGUGCUGAGCAUGUGAGACUUGCAUGUGUUGAUCUCAUUCAGGCUUGUAAUCAGAUGAACAAGGAAAAUUUGUCUAAAGCCUUAAUUUGGAUAAAGAAUGAAUUUGCUCACACCCGAAACAAGCUGGAGGCCUAUGUUCAGAUGGAGCGGAGGAUUAUCAGACUCAAGAGCAGACAACAAAACCGAUCUUGUGUGCCAUCAAAUUCUCUUCCAGUUUUAUGAGAGGAAGUUCGUGGAAGUGAAGGAUUGAAAUACUUUAUAUUAGGUUUUUUGAUAAUAGCUGAUUCAUCUACAUGGUUCCAUGCGUUCUCAAGGGAUGCUAUACAAACAAAAGCUUUGUCUGCAACUAAGCUUUUGCCAUCUUCUUAUUGGGCAGUGCUCAGUUUCCAAAAACAAAACUACUCAGCCAUUACACACAGUAGCAUCAUAAGCACUGCUCGGUGCCUUUACUAGCAUGACAUCUGAUCGAUAAUUGAAAAUUCAUGCACAUGAGGUUCCUUGUUU